UUUCCCAUUGGCCGAUACCGAGACUUUUCUCAAAAGGAGGGGGAGGUGCUUUCAACGGACUCGGCCAGACUUCCUCACAACUUUCCCAGCUUGUGAGAGUCUUAACUGUACUGAUACACAGCUGGUGGUACAACCGUUACAGAGAACUCAGACCUUUAACGCUCAGCUGAGCAGCACCAGGUGGAUGUGGGGGGAACAUCUGAGGAAGGCGUGAUGGCAUUAAAGAAUGUGUGAGCUCGCUUUGGAUUACAAGAGAGGGAAUACUCAUCAGACAGACGUAUGAUGGAGUACGAACAGCAUUAAGCUCGGUGUCCUGGUGAGUCCACAAUGAGAGACCGCCUGGAAGAGCUGCAGCAGAGGGCUCGGGAGUUUUCUGGGGCAGCGGGUGAGACCACCAGCCCUCCCCCAGUGGAGGGUGAUAAUGACGACUCGAUGGUGGACGAGGUCACGGUGCCACAGGCUGUGCUGUUCGAGGGGGAGCCAAUCAUCCAGAAUUUCUUGUCGGAGUGUCAGCAAAUCCGAGAUGAGAUCACAACGCUGGAGACAGAGAUCCUCAAGUUCACCCAGCAGCAGAAGACCCUGGUGGCGACCAUGCGUCGUUUCAGUGUGAUGAAGAAAGAAAGCGGCAUCACGCGGGACAUCAAGCUCCAGGCCGAGAGGAUCCACCGGCGUUUAGAGGCCCUUUCAAAGGACGUCCAAAGGAGUGAGGAGCAGCACGGACCUUCUGCUGUUACCACCAGAAUCCAACGCUGCCAGCACUCAGCACUCUACCGCAAAUUCCAGCAGGUAAUGCUGCAGUAUAACGAAGGUCUGCUGACGAAGCAGGAGCGCUGCAAGGACUUUAUCAUCCGGCAGCUGGAGGUUUCAGGGCGGGAUGUGGCGGAGGAGGAGCUGAACGAGAUGGUGGCCGCGGGGCAGUGGGAGGUCUUCAACGAGAACCUGCUGAACGACGCCAGGAUCACACGGACGCAGCUCUCUGAGAUCGAACAGCGACACAAGGAGCUGUUGAGUCUGGAGAACAACAUGAAGGAGCUGAGGGACCUGUUCAUGGACAUUUUCAUGCUGGUGGAGGAGCAAGGGGCCUACAUGGAACACAUCCAGACCAACGUGGAGAGGACGCAGGACUACGUGGUUGUUACUAAUGAGAAGUUCAAGCUGGCUGCGAGGUACAAGAAGAAGAACCCGCUCCGACAGCUGUGCUGCUGCUGCUGCCCUCCCUGGAGAUGCUGCCUGUGACACCGUUUUACCUCCAUGGCCGUCCCGAAAAAUACAUAUUUAUAUAUUCUUUUCAAUUUAAAAGUCUCACUUACCUGCUGGGAAUAAGCAACGCUGGAUUCAAACACCAUUAAAGUGAAGGUUAUGGUGCUGCGGUUUUAGAACAGAGCAGCGGCGAAGACAGAUUCAGCGGAGCGUGGAAAACAAUUAGGUGGAAGGGCCCGAAUUGGUAUUUGAGGCGCUUGUUUCUUUCAACAGGAUGUGAAGCGACCGCUAUUGGAAGAGACAGUUCAGUGAGUGCUGCUCACCAACACUGCUGCUUAUUGGAGACCUUCACUGUCAACUGACAGAGGUCACAAACAAGGGGAGAUCACUGACGCCGGCACUGCAGCGUCAGCAAGACGGAUAUUCUUUACCUUUCUUAUUUCCUGAAUAGAGCCUCUCAUCUUGUUUGUGCCACAGAAGCUGUAGGUUAAUGAGCAUGUUAUUUUUGUUUACGGAAUAAGCACUUUAUUAUAAACUGUUAUUUUUUUCAUUUCCCAGCACAAACUAUAGCAUGUAAUGCAGUGUAGAACGAUGAUGCCUCCCAGUAGACUGCAUACUUCCGCCAAGGCCCCAAAAUCCCUUUAAAUUCAAUCAAGCUGCACCGAAUUUCACACCUUAAAAUUGUUUUCUAAUUAGAAUCCAUCAAUUAGUUUUUUCUCCUGAUGUUACAGAAAGUGAAAAUCAUGGAUCUGCCCUAGUAUUCAACAGAAGUCAAUGGGUUAUUUCCUGAUCCACACCACAUCCUUCUACCAAGUUUCGUGGUAAUCCAUUCAAUCCUAUUGCUUAAAAUCAAACAAACCAACAAACACAUAACCUUGGCGGAGGUAAACAUUCUGCUUCUGUUUCGCGUGUUGAUUUCUUCGUGGUCCACAUUCUGACGGAGCGAGGACUUGUUUUACAAUUAGUCAUUAGUCUCAUUUGCAUUUCCAAGUCUGGUGAUUUUCAGUGGACAAAAUGAAUUAUUUAUUCAGUUUCACAGAGGUGGAAAAUUCAAAUAAACUCUGAAUAACAAGCCUUGAUCAAACCUAAUCCUGUCAUGAAGAGAAAUCUGCAGAGAACCACUUAAGUCAGUUAUAAAAUAAGAUGGACGGUUUGAAUUCUUACAUUUUAGGAAAUAUAUUCCACUCAUGAUUUUGGAAUGGAUGCCGGAGCAGUUACAUUACACUGAGAAAAAUGAUUGGCGUCCAUAUAUAUCACUAGCCUGAGGAAGUUUCCUGUAUUUCCCACUAUAACACUCACUCACACUUCCAUAUAAUCAUCUCCUUUACUCUUUACUUAAAGCUGAGUAGAAUCCUCCCACUCGUUUCCCUCUGCUGGGUUAAUGAAUAAGAUUUAAUAAAUCAGUCAUUUAUUUCA